AGAGAGAGAGAGAGGGAGAGCAAGAGGGAGUUUAAACUAAGAGCUAUGUUUUGGGAGUAGCUAAUCUGAAGGCGAGCUGAGUGAGGAUCGGAGUGCAUUGUGUGAGUCUGUGUGUGGGGAACAGAUAAGGCAAGACGGCCGCCAGCCCGACAGCUUGUUUUCAUGUGCUGACUCUGGGGAGAUUCAAAAAAAUAUAUUGACUCUUCAGUCGUGUGCCGAGACCCUGGGCACGAGCUCCACAUUUAACCGAGGUGUAACCAAAACACAGGGAAAAAAAGGGACAAAAAGCGCAACCUAAGACAAUAUCAAGCAAACAGCUGUUGAGGAUUGUUUUUUUUCCUCUAUCUCUACCUUUUUUAAUCUGUUCAUUUUUCAUUUUCUUUUUUGCUCGGGACUGACUCCCUGCGUCUCCCUGUAGAGGACGGGAGACAUCUGCUGAGGAAGAGCCACUCGCGAGAAAAUAAUAUUUGCUAAAUCACAGACCGGACGGUGUUGGGGGAAAAAAAGCACUGACAACAACAUGUUUGAAAUCAGCCGGACACUCAAUGCCGCCUUGUUGAGCAAUGAGAUAAUCAGCAACAUGGAGCCUCAGGUGACAAACGGCCCCAGCGCCACCACGGCCAACGGUCCGUCCAGCAACAGCCGCAGCUGCCCCUCGCCAAUGCAGACCGGCUCCAACGACGACAGCAAGACCAACCUCAUCGUCAACUACCUGCCCCAGAACAUGACCCAGGAGGAGUUCCGCAGCCUCUUCGGCAGCAUCGGAGAGAUCGAGUCCUGCAAGCUGGUGCGGGACAAGAUCACAGAGCCACCUCACGCAGUCCAGGCUACCAUCCAACAGCCCUCAGGACAGAGUCUUGGCUAUGGCUUUGUCAACUACAUAGACCCAAAGGAUGCAGAGAAAGCCAUCAACACAUUAAACGGACUCAGACUUCAAACCAAAACUAUCAAGGUGUCGUACGCACGCCCCAGCUCAGCCUCCAUUCGCGAUGCCAACCUGUACGUGAGCGGCCUGCCCAAGACUAUGACCCAGAAGGAGCUGGAGCAGCUCUUCUCCCAGUACGGACGCAUCAUCACCUCACGCAUCCUCGUCGACCAGGUCACAGGCCCCACAGGAGGCUCGCGGGGUGUGGGCUUCAUCCGCUUUGAUAAGAGGAUAGAGGCGGAGGAGGCCAUCAAGGGCCUCAAUGGGCAGAAGCCGUCCGGUGCCGCCGAGCCCAUCACCGUCAAGUUCGCCAAUAACCCCAGCCAGAAGACCAGCCAGGCCCUGCUCUCCCAACUCUACCAGUCCCCCAACCGCCGAUACCCUGGUCCGCUGCACCACCAGGCCCAGAGAUUCAGGCUGGACAAUUUGCUUAAUAUGGCCUAUGGCGUAAAGAGGUUUUCUCCUAUCACUAUUGAUAGCAUGACUAGCCUGGUGGGGAUGAACAUCCCAGGCCACACCGGUACCGGCUGGUGCAUCUUCGUCUACAACCUCUCCCCCGACUCCGACGAGAGCGUCCUGUGGCAGCUGUUCGGGCCGUUCGGUGCCGUCAACAAUGUCAAGGUGAUCCGCGACUUCAACACCAACAAGUGCAAGGGCUUCGGCUUCGUCACCAUGACGAACUACGACGAAGCAGCAAUGGCCAUCGCCAGCCUGAAUGGCUACCGGUUGGGCGACCGUGUCUUGCAAGUCUCCUUCAAGACCAACAAGACCCACAAGUCUUGAAUGCUCCCCGUCCCACCCAAAAAAAAAAACCCUAGCCACUACAACAACCCAACCCUACAGUCGCCCACCACAGCAACACUCGACAGCAACACAACAUCCCCACCACCGACAUCAAAAUAAACUGGAAAUGGCUUAUAACAUUACUGGACCUAUAAGCCAACGUUGCCUAAGUAUUACACAAACACAAAAAGAGAAAUGUUCAAUGAUUUAACUUCAGCCUGUGUUUAUUGGUGCAGGAAUCCUGUUGUAUAUCCUUUGAGUUUAUGUGGAUGUACUCUCUCUUUUUUUUCCUCUCUUCUCAGUAAAACAGUAGCAAAUACCAGUCCCCCCUUGCCCCCUCUUAUUUGAAAGAAGAGAAUGUCCUUUCUUGAUUCAGGAUUUUUUUUGUUUAAUCCGGAUUCCACUGUCGUUAGAAUUAUUCCUCCCGUCAAAAAAAAAGAAGAAAAACACACACAGGGAGGGGGCUCUAUUUGAAAAUAGGUGAUCAUUCAUUCAUUUUCUUUGGCGUAUAUUAAACUAAAAAACCCCUGGUUGACUUAGAAGGGAUGACACCAUCCUUUUUUCUUCUAAUGCAGACAAAAAUUUCUAACAUUUUUUGUUUUGUAUUGCAAGCAAAACACAUGACUUUCCUCACAGGGGUUUGGGAGAUGGGGAGAGGGAAGGGGCGGGGCUAGCUUUCCUGAAGACACGUUAAGUGAUUUAAAAAAAACACUGUUGCCAAAGAGAAGAUCUCUUUGCUUGAAAAUGCGUUUAGAAAAAAAAAUAAGAAUAAAGAGAAGAAAAUCUAUUUUUAUAAAUAAUGAUUAAAAAUAAUAAUUAUUGAAGAAUUUUUACAUGAAUCUGGAUUUGAAAAAAGAGAAAAAUAUUUUGACUGGCUAAUUAGGGGGUGGGGAGGGGGGAGGGGUGCCACCUGAUCUUGUUUGUUCUGCCGUGGGACUUUUUAGGAUCAGACGUUGUUUGUUUUCUGGGAGGGCCAGAUCGGCGACAAGUUUUGUAGAUGGAAGAUGGAUUUUAACCAAGGGAUACCAAUUCUGGCAGGUGAUCUUCGUAAUUUUUCAUAGCAAGUUAAAUCCUCGACAGCGAUACCCAAUAGGAAGGGAAGAGGGUCUUUUAUGGACCUUAUCAUUCUUACAGUCCAGAGCCCAAAGCAUGGAGAAGCAUUGUCCACUUUUCUUUCCACCAUCAGUCUAUGAGAUACCCGUAAGAGAUAUAUUGACAUAUUUACAUUUAGAGGCGCAUUGUUCUGAUUCGGUUUGCUCUUAUUUGUGGUAUUGCAUUUGAAAUGUACUUCCUUUUAGCGAUCAACCGUAGGUGCUAUAUUUCAUUAUUCACAUAUCUUAAAUAUCCAAGUUUGUUGUUCUAUGUGUUGUUUAGAGGAAAAAAAACUUUGGUGUUGGCAUUAAAUUGAGCUGCUGUUUUCUGUUGUUUUUGAUUGUUGGCCCCCCCAUCUGGUUGAACUUUUCCUUGCUGAACAAAAAGCCAGAUGACUGAACUUGGGCCUUGUAAGAAUCACUUAACGAGUUUUCUUUGGCUUGCUGACUUCUAGGUUAAUUGCUGAGUGUGACGCGUUUGUCAAAAUUCAAUACUAAUUAGCUAGUUUUGUUAGUCUAGGUAUUUGUUUCCUUAACGGAUCUAUUACAACUGUGUCUUUAUUUGUUGUGUACAAAUAGAUAAUAUAUAGUCUACUUUUGUUUUACAAUAACUAUAUCUAUAUGAGUUGUCACUGUUUUCUGUUUGAGCUUGUCUUUUUCAUAUGACAACUUUAUGAAGUGAUGUUUCAGUUGCUUAGAAAACUCGUGAGGAAUCCUGUUUAAUAUGUUGUCAUGUCGCUUGUGAAAAAAAAAGAUGAAAAAAAAAUUGGAUUCAAUUUUUUUUUGUUUACCGCUGCGGCAAAGAGAAAUCGAACAAAAAGCAUAAAAAAUAUAACUGUAUUUAUUUAUGGAUUGUUUCAUUGAUUAACUUAUUUAUUUAUCUGGAUUAUUUAUUAAUUUAUCUAUUUAUUUAUUUAUCUAUCUCUCUGUUCCGUUGUCGGUGUUUUCGGCGUGACUCUGGUUCGGGGAGGGGGGACGUUUCUGAGCUCAAAGGGAACCAAUCGACUAGGGGAGACACUCUUCCGUUAGUCCAGUGCACUGAGAACUUUUAGUACAUUUGUGCUUUGUACCAAUAUAUCAAAAUUACAAUAUAAAAAAUUUAAAAGUCGAAAACGAAGAAAAAAUGUUAAGAGGGUUGGUGACGUUCUUCCCUUAUCACUAGAAAACAGUUACUCGCUAUGCAUAACCUAGUUGAUAGUUAAAUUUGCUAUUGCUUUUUUCUUGUCUUGUUAAAACAAAAAAAUCUUUAAAUCUUUUUCAAUAAAAUUUAGUCUUAACAGAAUGUUAUAACAGUUGUUCUGGUUCAAUAUAUCCUGUGAUAAGUUUUGUGUAUUUAAAAAAAGCCCCUUCACGCCCUCCCUCCACACUCUACCAUUGUUUUAUGAUUAAACUUUAUGCAAAAUGUGGGUCUUAACAUUGCUUUCUGUUCCUCAUGGAUUUUUAACAUCCACCACUGGAAGAUCUACCAUGACUAUUUGAUAAUUGAAUGUCCAUUGUUUAAGGAUUACCCGUUGCACUGGACCAAUCAAUGAAGAUUCAAUCAUAUUUUGUAAAGAGAAAUCGUCAGUUUUCAAAAGAAAAAAAUCAUUACAUCUAAAUACUACUACUGAUUGUACUGGUGACAGUUAACGAGAUUGGAAUAUACUGGAGGUAUUUAGGAGAUGAUACCGAUUAUAUAUUUUCUAUAAUGUAAUAUAUUUUGAAAGGAAAUGUAAUGGGAUGGUUUCGGGGUAUAGUCUAUUAGGGUUGCCUGAUGGCCAGAAUGCACUGAGUGAGUUUUGGUCGAGGGUAACUACUCAGACACUGCGUACCACUGUAUACAUGCUCUAUCACUCUCUGUUACUCACAACUCCCCAGCCUAGAGCACGGAACCAGAGCCUAGAGCAUGGUUCUGUCAACGGAAGGGUUCUAAGUAGCAGAACCCUUUCUGCAAGGCCCAGUGCUGUUGGGAGUUUAAAUUAUGCAACGACCCCAGUAGAAUGUUGCUCUGACGUGUGAACACUUUCUUUCGUGUUUUUUUUUUUUUUCUGUUCUUUUCCACUUUUUUUCUCUACUCCUACUUUUCAGCGUAGUAAUGUCUGCAACUGUCUAUCUGUGUAUGUGUGUGUGAGGUGUGAUCGAGACUGUCUGGAAUGUCUGUCUGUGGUAUGUGUCUGUGUGUGUGUGUGUGUGUGUGUGUGUGUUUGUUUGUGUGUGUGUGUGUAGGAGUGAUUGACUUGUGGGGCUACGUCGCUGUGGUCUAUGUCCGACCUCUAUGGCUCUGCCUCUCCCCUGUAGCGCCUUAUAGUGGCAACCAGCCAAUAGCAACUCAACAGUCUGUGUAGGAGGGAAGGUCACGUGAGGAUCAAGGCUCUUGUCAUAUAUCAUUUCCUCCUCAAAACGUGUUUAUUAUGGGAGAAGUCUAUAAAUCCUUAAAAAAACAAAACAAAACAAAAAAACAUGAAAAAAUGUUCACUGGACCUAGCUGGUCUCUCCUAACUUAUGUUAUUACUUACUUAUCAAUUAUGAAUUAUUAUUGUUAUUAUUACUAUUAUUCUUAUUAUCCUUUAUGCUUAUUAUUAAUCAAAUUACUGCGAUGAAUGACUUCAUGUUAUCCUUGCUAGUUUAGGUCAUUUCUGAAACUGGAUACAAAUUAAAAUAUUGCUGUAAAUGUUUUUUCUUUUUCAUAAAACUGUUGUGUUUGAAUUAUUUGUACUUUUGAAUGUUGGGACAAUAAAAUGAGGUGUCGA